UGAUUUUCAGUCAGUACCCAGUUUAAGACGGACUGUUUACCUUCCGCUUCAGACCAGUGGGAUGUAGCAGUCUCCUUAUCUAAAAAUGUACUCUCACGGUUCAGAGAGUUUAAUCAAGCAAGCAAGAGAGAUCCAGGAGUCAGAGCUGCAGAAGUUUUACAGCAGAUUAUUGAAGCUGCUCCAAGCAAAGGAGUUUGGUCAUGAGACGAUUGACUCGCUGCAGAGGCUGCACCUCAUCCUAUCUGCCACCAAAUACACCCGAACGUUGCCCACAGAGCUACAGAGAAGACUUUUAUCGCUCCUCUCUUCACCGGUGGAGCAGCUCCAGGUGCUCAGCUCAGCUGUGCUCAGAGAGACACUGCCCCUCUCUGGUCAGGAAUUGAACUACAACCAGGACAACAGCCAUACUGCUGCCCUGCUGCUGUCACAGGCUGGAUCCAGGGCCGAUCUGUCAUCUCUAUGCACUCAGCUUAUUCGUAGCCUGGAGAACCGUCAAUCAGACCCUCCAAAUCAUUCGCUUAUACACACACUGCCGAUUGUCAAUGCCAUCCUCACACACAGCCCAGAGUGCCUCACUGAAGAUCAUGUGACCCUUUUGAGUAAAAAGCUUGUCGAUUGGCUGCGUUAUGCGAGCAUCACACAAGGAGUUGGAGCUUCCUCAGGAGGAUUCUUCACAGGUCCAAGGUCACGCCAGCCGGUGCCUAUAGCAGAGCUGGACGGGACAGUAUCUGGAGAUUUCUUCACAGUGCUAUGUGUGGGCCAAGGCUUCACUGAGGACCAGUGGAUGAACGUUUUCUCCUUUUCUAUGCUGCGCCAUUGGCUUCUCACCUACCACUCUGUUCCCAGUGGCGUCACCAUAACUGAUGCUGCAAACAGGCUACAGCUCAGCUUCUCUCUCUCCCACUCCCACUCCUUUUCUAAUGAUGACCGGUCAGAGUUUGACAGCUCAGUGGUAUCUAUGGUUUCGGCAACGUCCUCCUCAAGCCGAUUGCUACCUCCAAAGGAGCGUGUGAGGGAGAAGGCUUUUCAGUACUGCCUCCGCCUCAUCGAACAGAGUGAUCGCAAGGCUCACAAAAGGACAGACACCGAGCUGCAGAAAGCGUGUUUGGUGGAGGCAGUGUGUAUCCUGGACUGUGUGUGUGUAGAGGACACCUCACUGGUCUACCGGACUUUCCCAUGUGUUAAGGCUCUCUUUGGUCGGCUCAGCUCGGACCUGACAUUUGCCAGAGUGCUGCUGCCCAUAGCACAGUUCUACCUCAACCAUGGUGAAAUGGCAGCCGUGGAUUGUGAGAGUGUGUGGAAGCUGGUGUUCAGCCAGUUUCCAGCGGAGCUGUUCAACGACCCCUUUCUGGCACAUGAGCUUCUACGUUUCCUACGGCUGAACCAUGAGAACCUGCUGCUCCGAGUUCCUCAAUACACCCGCUCGUUCCCAAACCUGCUGAAGUUCCUAGCAUGGGACAGUCCAGCCGUGGUGGACGACUUUGUAGAUCUACUGCCCUCUCUGGUGACAGUUGAAACUGCAGUGGAGCUGCUCCACACACUGCUGGACUUGCCCUGUUUGUCUGCAACCCUGGUCCUGCAGCUUAGGUCAACUAGCUCGCCUAUCUCUGAACCAAGUGGGCGUGGCCUUAUGUCAUUGGAUGCAUUUCGAAACCCCGCCUUAAGAGGGCUUUUUCUCUACCUACUUCGAACGGAAGCAGGAUCAGGUGACACGAUCGACAGACUGAGCGUGCUCCAUGAGCUGCUAGCUGAGGCAGUGGAUUGGCCAAGGGUUGUUCAGUGUGCACAGACUGUCCCGGUGCUGUUGCACAUUUUCUUCAACACGGUCUUAAAGGUAGCUGAUGAGAACCUUUUAGCUCAUUUUAUGCUGGUGAUGCUGGAGAGAAGCAGCCUCCUCCUUAAACUGCCUGCGUACAUCAAGGAGAUUCACAGGGUGUUCAGCUGCCACCUGCUGAGGUUGUGCAAGCUCCACCCCUCUCUGGUAGUGAACCAAUCUCACGAGCUGCUGGAGUUUGCUGGAACCACAGCCAAUGUCUACAGCAAGGAAGAAAUCUUCACGCAUGUGGUGUGGGCGCUGGGUGAGUACCUCUCGGUGUCAUGUGACUCCCGCUGCUCCGUGAAGCUCAUCACUUCCUGUUUUGAGACGUUGGAGGCAGUGCUGUUUGAGAUUACUUCAUCUUCCCCGCCGCCUGGUGCAGCUCGCCCAGCCCCGAGAGUCGUCACCACUCUCAUGAGUGCUCUUGCUAAACUGGCAUCGCGGUCACAUGACCUCAUUCCCAGAGUGUCUCUCUUCCUCUCAAAGCUAAGAACAGCAAGCAGAGGAGGAUCAGUUGCAUGGUGCUCAGAUGAGGAAGACCUAGUUGCCAUAGUAACGAGAGGGGAGGAGUUGUGGUCACUCCUAAAGACCCCCGGCGUGGCUCAGAGUGUCCUGACCCCGCCAGCACACGUCACCACGCCACAGUGGCACCGGGACACCAACCUGUCGAUGCCUUUGCAACUACGAACCCUCACCAGUCUCACGCACACACAGUGAAACACACUCACACACACUUGGAUUAGCAUCAGUGUAAAAAGUAGUGAUAGUGGUCUCAUUACCUUUGUAAAUAAAUGAUCGUAUUUGACUGAAA